AUGGCUUUGCAAGACAGCGUAGGAGACCUACUGUGCCUCAUCGUCGACCUGAACCCGGUCUCAUGGGCGCGUUCCGCUCAGCCAAGCGGCGAAACGAACGACGCAUUGUCGCUGGAACAGGCGCUGGAUCAGACACUCGUGUUCUGCAAUGCGCAUCUGGCGCUGAGGCAUGAGAACGAGUUGGCUGUGUUCGCGGCGGGUCCUGGGCGGAGCCGCCAGCUCUUCUCCUCGCAACUCACGCCCACCACCUCCUCCUCCUCAACCCCCUCGACCUCGACACCCGCAAACGACAGCAACACCUACCAGCAAUUCCGGAUAGUCGACGAGCACCUCAAGGCGGGCGUGAAGGAGAUGAUGGGGCAUGUGCCGGAUGAGCCGGACGGUGGCUCGAAUCUGGUUGGCGCUUUGUCGAUGGCUCUGUGUCACAUCAACCGCCUCUCCACGACCGAUCCCCUCUCCGCCUCUUCCGCCACGUCCGCCAUUCGAAGACCAAAACCUCGAAUCGUCGUGAUCAGCGUCACGCAAGACUCGAGCUCACAAUACGUCCCGAUCAUGAACUGCAUCUUUACGGCGCAAAAGAAUAACAUCCAAAUUGACGUCUGCAAGGUCUUCGGUCCCGACGCCGUCUUCCUCCAGCAAGCCUGUCACCUCACCAGCGGAUCCUACUACAAGCUCGCACGACGAGCCGGUCUUUUGCAGUACCUCAUGAUGGCCUUCCUCCCCGGCCCAGCCGCACAUCGACACCUCAACCAGCCGCGACAAGAACAAGUCGACCUUCGAGCUGCAUGCUUCUGCCAUCGCAAUAUCGUCGACAUUGGCUACGUCUGUUCCGUCUGUCUCUCCAUCUUCUGCUCCCCUCUACCCGUCUGCUCAACCUGCCGCACCAAAUUCCCCAUGUCGACUCUCAAGCGCCUUGGCUUCGGCGCACGGCUACCAGGCGCAGCGGGCGGAGCGGGACUGCCGAGGCCGAAGAAGCGGAAGGUAGCGAGUGCGACGCCGGGCGGAGGGAGUCCGGCGGCGAGUCCGGCGGCGAGUCCUGCUCCGGCUGCUGCUUAG